AUGCCUCCAGCACCCAAGAGAUUGACAGCACAGCCCGUAAGGCCCUCACGAUACCGUGCCGGACAGGCGCCGGCCGAGGAAUCCUCCUCGUCAGACGACGAGGAGGAAGACGAAGAAGCCGAAGACGCCGCCGGGGAGCCAGGAUUGAGGGAUGAGAUUGAUAAUGAGCAACGUGGACUUUCUACGGCUAUGCAUACGAUUGCGGCUAUGCGGUCUGUGGCACUGGCAACGAUGCAUGAGGAUCAGCCGAGUUUAGGGAACAUUGAUCUCGAUGCACGGUUUGAGGCAGAUCGCAGGAAGGAGGAGGAGGAGAGAAAGCGUGAUGAAGAGGAGGCUGCGCAGGAAAUUAUUGGGAUCCUCCAGGAGCGUAGCGAAGAGGACUCAUCCGAAUACGAAACCGACUCUGAAGGAGAAGAAGAAUCAGAAGAAGAAGCGCCACGGAUGUUGUUGAAACCAACGUUCGUCCCAAAGAAUAAGCGGUCUGAGGUAAAGGCUGAGGAACCAGACCCGGAAGCCACCGAAGCAAAACGAAAAGCCCUCUCCAUUGCCCUCGCUGAAGAACAACUCAAGCGUGACGCAGCGGAAGCCGCCGCAGCACUAAAUGCUUCAGAAGGUGCGGAAGUCGACGACACAGACGACCUCGACCCAGAGCGGGAGAGAGCGGAGUGGAAGAUUAGGGAACUGGGACGGAUAAAGAGAGAUCGGGAGGAACUGAUCGCAAGGGAGAAGGAGAGGGAGGAGGUUGAGCGUAGACGGAACAUGGACGAGGAAGAACGACUCAGUGAAGACACCGAAUACGUCCGCGCACAAAGAGAAGCCAAACUCGCUCAGCGCGCAGAGGAGGCCGGAGUGGCCGGUGGACGAUUUUGGCAUAAAGGCGCAUACUACCAAGAUGCCGAUAUUUUGAAGAGAGCGGCCGUGGGUCCGGUGGAGGAUGAGAGGAGGAAUCGGGAUGCGCUGCCGGAGUAUUUGAAGAGGAAUAGGGAGGCGGGGAAGAAGGGGAGCACGAGGCAUAGUACGUUGAAGGAGCAGGAUACGAGCAAAGAUAGUUUGUGGGGAGGGAAGAGGGGGUUGGGGGGGAGGGAGGAGGGGAGGGAUGUGAAAAGGGCAAGGAAUUGA